UCAUUCCACCUCUUCCCCUCAGUGACUUUCCCCCACACUUCCAACAGCCUUCCUCUUACUACCAGUACAUCUUGUGCAGUCAGUCCGUGGGCUUCGAGUGAGAUGUGGUAGUUAAGACGGAACGGUUGAAUGUUUUCAACAAUGCCCUCGCAACCUCAUCUAGCCAAGUAGUGAAUAUUUGUUUACAUGGGUGCAACAGCGCACAAGGAAAACAAUGUAAACAUUUUAAAACAGUGUAACCCAAAAAGAAUAAAAGUGAAAAUGUCAGUGAAGGCAUAUUUGGAUAGUAGAAGACAUCUCUUACCUUGGUUUUCGUGCCAACAGGGUCAGAAGUUGCCAGCUUUGGGAAGCACCAGCCAUAUUAAAAGUGUGUCGGUAUCGUCCUCACGAUUAAACCUACAUCACCAUCAUCAUCAGCAGCAUCAGGAUUCAUCAAGGUCUAGUUCAACAGCUGCACCUACUCCAGUAUCUGCAUGCUUCCCAGUGCUCAAUAACAAUAACAAUAAUGCCAGCAACAUUAACAACAAUGUUUUGGACAGUAGUCCACCUUUGCAACGGCACGAUCCUCAUGGGCGUCGACUACCCCUCACACCUGCUGAGGUACGAAAAUAUUAUGGGAGCCGACUUACAGAAUAUGAAAGGAUUGAAGUGGACGAAUAUCAAGAAAUUUGGUAUUUGGGUCUCGAUGCCUGCAAGAUUCAUGGAGAUCCACAGAAUGGUGGAUUUGAUGAUGACAAUGGCAGCUAUAAUAAGGUUCUCCAUGACCACAUAUCGUAUCGGUAUGAAAUCCUCGAGGUAAUAGGUAAAGGCAGCUUUGGUCAAGUCAUCCGAGCAUUGGAUCAUAAAACCAAUCAGCAUAUAGCCAUCAAGAUUAUUAGGAAUAAAAAGAGAUUUCAUCAUCAAGCACUCAUUGAAGUAAGGAUCCUAGAGCAUCUUCGCAAGAAAGAUAAAGAUGGAACUCAUAACAUCAUUCACAUGCUUGAAUUUUUCUAUUUCAGACAUCAUCUUUGCAUAAGUUUUGAGCUGAUGAGCCUAAACCUGUACGAGUUGAUCAAGAAGAACAAUUACCAAGGCUUUAGCCUGAGUUUAAUUCGACGGUUUGCCUAUUCUCUGGUGCAGUGCCUCAAAUUGCUGCAUAGGGAAAGCAUUAUUCACUGUGAUCUCAAACCUGAAAAUGUACUCUUGAAACAACGAGGUAGCAGUUCCAUCAAGGUCAUUGACUUUGGAAGUUCAUGUUACUUUCAUCAGAGGAUGUACACCUACAUCCAGUCUCGGUUCUAUCGAUCUCCAGAAGUCAUACUUGGUCUACCAUAUGGGACUGCAAUUGAUAUGUGGAGUCUUGGAUGUAUUCUGGCUGAGCUGUACACUGGUUACCCCUUAUUUCCGGGAGAAAAUGAGGUAGAACAGUUGGCUUGCAUUAUGGAAGUCCUUGGAACUCCACCUGAGGAAGUCACCAUGAAUGCUUCAAGAAGAAGACUCUUUUUUGGUAUAUAUCUCAAUAAUAAUACCAGAAAAUUAUAUAAUUUUCUUUUUUUCCCAGAUUCUAAAGGCAACCCUAGGUGUAUUACUAACAGUAAAGGUAGAAAGAGAAAACCAGGAUCCAAAGACUUGGCAACUGCGAUACGAUGCAGUGACACACUAUUUGUGGAUUUCAUAUCCAAAUGCCUAGAGUGGGAUGCAAAGAAACGCCUGACACCAGGAGAUGCUCUGCACCACGAAUGGAUUCUGUUGUUAUUCUCAACACAGCAGCAAGAGCUGAGGCGGUCUCCAUCAGAAGUUGCUAGUAAUCAGCAGCAGCAACAACCUCGGCGAGUGUCUGAGGGAGAGUCUUCAGCUGCGACGCAGCAGCAGUACUCACUUUACCGACUCUACAGAGGCAAGAAGUGUGCAUCUAAACUACUCACUGCAGGUGAUUCCCACCAAACAGAGUCAGGUGAAGCUGCCUCCAUCAAUGGAACUGCCAAAUCCAAGUUAAAUGGUGUAAGCAGCGCAAGUGGAAGCAGUCGUACAACUGUAGCUGUCGGUGAAUCAGUAGCCGCGCUCGAUCUGAAUCUCGAUGACUCGGGAACGUUCCUACCUCCAAUCCUGUGAAUCAAGAGAGUGACCUAGUCUGGUCUACCAUCGUGUACCAAGAACAUGGCCUAAUGUGGUCACCUGUACAUUGCAGUAACGGCAAACCGAUGCUGUUGGCCAAGAAAAGCUAUUGUAAACCAAAAGUGUGACCUAGCCCAGUCAAUUGUGAUACAAUACUCUAACCACAGUGAGUUGGUUUAUACUUUAUUUUUGUGCCUCCUACUUUUUUAAGUUUGUGGUAUGAUUUUAAUCGUCUUAUGUGAUACUCAUCAAGUCUUUCGUAAGGCCAAUAUAUUAAUAUUUUAUGUAUCUCUGUGUAACUCUGUAGUCCAUAUCAAGAGUAUGACGUAACUUGGCCUAGUGCAAUAAGGAGCAACGCAAACACAAUAGUUCACUCCAUAGAUUUGUUUCCUAUCCAGGAGAAAAGACUGAAUCUAGUUAGAAUAUUUCUGAUUCUGGUGCAUUUGAACAGUGUUCCCACACACCCAGUCUCAUUUAUGACAGAUCAGUACAUAAGUAUAUGCCAUUUCUGUAGGUGUAUUUUGACUGACCACUCAGAACAACAGGAGUUUUGAUUGCAUCUGUACAAGCAUAUGAUCUUCUUCUUCUAUGGCUCUCUGGUCCGUAUUCGGUCCAUGGCCUCCUCAAUUCUCCUCUUCCAGGUCCAUCUGUCCGAGGCUUUGA